AGAGAAUUAAAUUGGCUCUAAGAGCGGAUGGUCAGGAAUUGAAAAUCUUGACUUCCAAAAUGGCUAUUCGAGAAAGAAUUGCUUGGUAUCUAACGAAAUAUGGAGCUAAAUAUAUUGCAACGAGGAAGAAUUCGGUCAUGAGAGAGAGCUCCGAAUUUGAUGGCCUGUCUUCCAAAGAAAUUCUUGCGAGAAUGGUGGAGAAAAUUAAGGCUGAAGACGAGUCUCCGAAGAAAAAGUGUAUAACCAAACGUGUUGCUGAAGACGUCAAGGCGGGAAGAGGGCCAGAGAAGAAGAAGAAGAGCAAAAUGGAGAGAGCUGAUGUUAGGAUGCAGAUCUCAAAGUCACCUGCUUUGGACACAAAAUCAAUGGCUGGAGCAUCCAAGAAAAUAUCCUCUUGUGAGGAAUCUGCUGAUAGCGACGAAGACCGCUCAAUAUCAACUCCAGUUAAAAAAGUGAAACCCAAGAGGAAAAAGACAUCAGCACGCGACUCUGACGAAAAUUCUCUGUCGCCAGCUGAUGCUGAGAGCGAUGGAUCUUCCUGCUCGACCAAGUCGAAGAGUGGAAGACCGAAGCAAACCAAGAUGAAACAUCUGGAUGGAAACCUUAAGAAGGAGUUUGCAAGACUCCUGUGUUCGUCGAGCAGUGAUGAUGAAAGCUAGGAAAGUUGUCUAGAUUACAAAUUUUCCUUCUCUGAGAGUAACAGUGAUGCGCGGAUUAUUUAGUUUUCAUGUAGU